AUGAGACAUAAUCAGCUGUGUUGUGAGACACCACCUACUGUCACUGUACAUGUAAAAUCAGGGUCAAAUAGAUUGCAUCAGCCUAAAAAACCCAUUACCCUGAAGCGUCCUAUUUUUAAAGAUAGUUGGCCAGCAUCUGAAAAAAAUGCACACAAUAGCAACAAGUCUAAACGCCCCAAAGGACCCUGUUUAGUUAUACAGCGUCAGGAAAUGACUGCUUUCUUUAAAUUAUUUGAUGAUGAUUUAAUUCAGGAUUUCUUGUGGAUGGACUGCUGCUGUAAAAUUGCAGACAAGUAUCUUUUGGCUAUGACCUUUGUUUAUUUCAAGAGAGCUAAAUUUACUGUAAAUGAGCAUACCAGGAUAAAUUUCUUUAUUGCUCUGUAUCUCGCUAAUACAGUUGAAGAAGAUGAAGAAGAAUCCAAAUAUGAAAUUUUUCCAUGGGCUUUAGGGAAAAACUGGAGAAAAUUAUUCCCUGACUUCUUAAAGUUAAGGGACCAACUCUGGGAUAGAAUUGACUAUAGGGCUAUUGUAAGCAGGCGAUGCUGUGAGGAGGUUAUGGCCAUUGCUCCAACCCAUUAUAUAUGGCAACGAGAACGCUCUGUGCAUCACAGUGGAGCUGUUAGAAACUACAACAGAGAUGAAGUUCAACUGCCCCGGGGACCUAGUGCCACACCAGUAGAUUGUUCACUAUGUGGUAAAAAAGGAAGAUAUGUUAGACUGGGUUUGUCUUCAUCAUCAUCUUCAUCCAGUGAUACAGUAGAAGUGGUGGAGAAACAUUCUCAGGAGUCACACAACUCAUUCUCAAUGGACAAAAUAGUUGAUACUUCUCAAGCUUAUAGCUAUUCUGAAGCCAAUGAUCAUCGAUCAAACAAAGAAAAGAAAACUAAUUUCAUGAAGAAAGACAAAUCUAUGGAGUGGUUUACAGGAAGUGAAGAAUGA